CGUCACUAUGAUGAUGACGGACCCGAUGCCGCUGGAGUUGCCGCCGACGUUGCUGAGCGGGGAGGUGGCCUUGAUGCCGCCCAUGGUGAAUGGAGAUGCAGCACAGCAGGGGACCUACAGUCGAUAGGCUGCAGUGAUGACAUCACAAUGUCGUGAAAGCGACAGGCCGCACUGGAGACCUCAGAAGAGCAUACAGUGGAAAGGCUAUACUGUUGACAUUGCAGUGGCCCACAGGUUUCCUGCAGAUAUGAGAGGGUCAUCCUGGUGCAGGUGAACCCUGGAGAAACGUUCACCAUUAGAGCUGAGGACGGCUCGCUGCAGUGCAUCCAAGGCCCUGCUGAGGUUCCUAUGAUGUCACCGAACGGCUCCAUCCCGCCCAUCCACGUACCUCCAGGAUACAUCUCACAGGUGUUGGAGGAUAAUACUGGAGUGAGGAGAGUGGUGGUGACCCCCCAGUCUCCAGAGUGUUACCCCCCCAGUUAUUCCCCUGCUCUGUCCCCCACCCACCAUUUGCCCCCGUACAUGGCCCACCCCCACUUCAUCCCCAACUCACACACGGCCUUCUACCCGCCCCUCAGCCCGGGGGACCUGAACCCCCACCAGUUCUACCAGCACCACCUCCCACCCAUCUACAGCGAAGAGAUAAUCCCCCUCUUCGGUAUGAACUACGCAAGCCGUGAGGAGCCGUAUAAGCCCCAGCCGAAGAAGAUGAAGGACCGGCUGGAGCGACAGAACAGUCUAAACAGCGCCCCCUCUGGCUAUAAGAACAACAUCAGCUCCAGCAGCAUUUACAACGGCUACGGGAAGAGUCAGGGAGGAGGGGGAUCAAGCCCUGGGGCCAAGAAGACCAACAGGGGCCCCCGGAGCAGCCCCCGGGGCCAGGAGCCUGAACAGCAGGAUCAAGAUACAGAGGUGAAGAAGUUUCAGGAUAUUUUGUCAGGAAUUGAAAAGCCCCAGGUGUACAGCGUGCAGGCUCGGACGGCCAGAAUAAGGUGGACACCCCCUGCCGGCCUUCAGAACAGAGACAGGCUCAGUAACGGUCACCCGUACACCUGCACCUACGAGGUCACAAUAUCAGACAAAGGCCGCGACGGGAAGUUCCGCCUCAUCUACAGUGGUGAGGAGCUGGAGUGCACGCUGAAGGAUCUCAGACCCGCUACAGAUUACCACGUACGAGUGAACGCGGUGUGUAAUUCGUUUAAAGGCUCAUGUUCAGAGAUUGGAACAUUUACAACACACAGCAGCAGCCCAGACUGUCCUUCACCCCUGAAACUCACCCACCGCACCAAAAACUCCCUCACACUGCAGUGGAAGCCUCCUGUCGACAACGGAUCGAAGAUCACCAGCUACCUUUUAGAGUGGGACGAGGGCAAAAAGAACAACAUUUUUCGAGAAUGUUACUUUGGGAGCCAAAGGCACUACAAGCUGACGCGACUGUGUCCAGCCAUGUCGUAUACGUUCAGAGUAGCAGCAAGGAAUGACAUCGGGACCAGCUCCUUCAGCCCAGAGGUGGUCUUCUGUACGAGCGGUUCUCUGCCUCACCUGCCCAGCGUUCCUCGGCUGGUUCGUGCUGGAGUAAGCUGGAUCAUGCUGGAGUGGAGCCGGCCGGAUGGCUGCAGCGCAGAGGAGCCUCUCGCUUACACGCUGGAGAUCCAGGACGACAGCAACGGAGCCGAGUUCCUCCCAAAGUACACUGGAGACAGCCUGAGCUGUACUGUAGAGGACCUGAAGAGGAGCUCACAGUAUAAAUUCAGACUGAUAGCCUCCAGUAUAGAGGGCAGGACUGGACCCAGUGAGGUUCUGGUCUGUACAACGAGUCCAGAUAAACCAGGACCUCCAUCUAGCCCAAGUGUUCAGGAACCAAUCACACCUUACAGCUUCACCAUCUCCUGGGACCCUCCACAAGACAACGGGGGGUCAGAAAUCCUGACGUACCUCCUGGAGAUUUCAGAAGGAGAGACUGAUGCCAGUCAGUGGGACGUAGCGUACAGCGGACCAGCUACCCACUGUGUGUGUGACCACUUAAAGCCUGGAACUUUAUACAGACUCCGCCUCUGCUGCAUCAGCACAGGGGGGCACAGCCAGUGUUCUGAGAGUGUUCCUGUGCGCACCCUGAGCGUGCCUCCAGGCCCCUGCCAGCCUCCGAGGAUUGUGGGUAAAGCCAAACACAAGGAGGUGCAGUUACAGUGGGACCGUCCCUCCUCUGAAGGUAGCUGUGGUGUGCUACAGUACAGUGUGGAGAUGUCUGAGGGUGAGCUGGACUCUGCUGUAGUUUACUGCGGCUCUGAGCUGGACUGUACCGUCAGCACUCUGCUUCCCGGCACCACCUACAGCUUCCGUCUGCGCGCUGCCAACGAGGCAGGGUAUGGACCCUAUACAGAACCCACAGAAGUGACCACUGCAGCAGGUCCUCCAGGCCAGUGUGCUGUGCCAUCCCUCACUCUCACCUCCAAUAUGUGUGUGAUGGUCAGCUGGGAGAACCCGGAGAGUUCGGGUGCUGAUAUCUCAGAGUUCCGUCUAGAAUGGAGCCGGGAUCAGGAGCCGAUGGAGCUAAUCUACUGCGGAACGGACACGCAGUGUGAAAUCUCCAACCUAACACCAGCCACAUGUUACUGCUGCAGACUACAGGCGGUUAAUCAGGCCGGUGUUGGUCCAUACAGUGAGCUGGUCAGCGUGCAGACUGGGGCCGCGGUGCCGGACGUGGUCUCGGGUGUGGCUGUGCUGGAUUACGACCCUUCGGUCAGCGGUCAGUACGCUCCCUCCACCUGCCUGGCGCUGAAGUGGGACGAGCCCUGCAGUAACGGAGCUGAGAUCAGCUCGUACAGACUCACAGUGGGGGAGCAGGUCUUUCAGCUGGACGCGUCCACCUGCCACCUCCUGCAGCACCUGCAGCCCGACACUGAGUACAGUGUGCAGAUCCAGGCGGUGAACGCGGUUGGUUCUGGUCCGUUAUGCCCUCCACUGCUGGCCCAGACUAAACCCCUGCCCCCAGCACCCCCCCGACUGGAGUGCAGCGCCACCGGACCCCAGAGCCUCAAACUGAAGUGGGGGGACACCAACAGCACCAAGAUCCAGCUGGGAGAUGAGAUACUGUACAACCUGCAGAUGGAGGACAAGAACCACAGGUUCAUAACCAUCUACAGAGGCCCGAGCCACACAUAUAAGGUCCAGCGGCUGGUGGAGUCCAGCAGCUACAGCUUCAGGAUCCAGGCCGUGAGCGAUGCUGGAGAAGGACCUUUCUCAGACAUGCACAGUUUCAGUACCAUCAGAUCUGUUCCACCUGCUCUCAAAGCCCCCAGAGUGGUUCAGCUGGAGGGUAACGUGUGUGAGGUCACCUGGGAGAGCAUUCAACCAAUGAGAGGCGACCCAGUCAGCUACCUACUCCAGGUGCUGAUUGGAAGAGAGUCUGAUUAUAAACAGGUCUAUAAAGGUGACUCUACAGUGUUCCAGAUCUCUGGUCUUCAGUCUAAUACAGAACACCGUUUCCGUGUUGCCGUGUGUCGGCAGUGUGUGGACAGCACUCAGGAGCUUUGCGGACCCCUGAGCCCCUCCACACCCUUUACACUCCGCAGGGUGGAGCUACCAGUCCCUAGGGACACGCCCACUGUCCGGAUGGGCAAAGCGGCAGGCCUCGCGGGCACAGACGAGCGAGUCGCCGCCCUGCUGGUGGGAGCGUUCAGUGCGCUGUCCUUCAUCAUCGCCUUCAUGGUGGAAUAUUUAUUCAUGAAGUGAGCUGGGGGUGGUGGG